AUGAUGAAGGAGGGAGGGAGAAAGCAGCUCAAGAGGUCGCGCGACAGCCGUCUGGAAGGUGUAGAACGGGCGACGACUUUCUGCGUCCGGCUGGGACUCACCGCAUGGGGUUUGACGUUAGUCCUGACUGACUUUUGCGGGCGGUUGGAGUGCGCCGCAGUCAUGAUCGGUGGACAGAGGCAGUUAGUUGGUUGCCUCCUGGUCUUGGACAGGCUGGACAUCGGAAGCAAGAAGAGCAAGUUGCGCCGUAGGGUGGAAGAAGACUGA